GGGGUGGAGAGUAACACUGGAGAGCAGCAGUGGUCCAGCCCCUCAGAGUCUGAAAAGCAUCACAGGAGCCUCUGGAUAAAGACCAGCCUCAGAAGCAAGGAGACAGAGGAUUUCUGCUCAGUGAUAAAACAUGAAACAGAUGUGAGGAAGCAGCAUGGAGCUCAAGAGAGGAAAGACCUUCAUAAAAUCCAGUGUGCAACAUGAGAAAGUGCCACCAGUGCAUACAGCUCCUACCAACAAAGAUGAGAUGGGAAAGGACAAAAAGGCAGCUCUGGAGGGAAACCAAAGUGUGGCUGAAGUCCAGCUGGCAUGUUUGGCCACCCACAAGAACUACAGAUUUUCUACCAGAGCAACAAAGAAUGGAGCUGGUGACCACAGCCUGGAAAAAUCAUCUGGGUCCUCCUACAAACUUGUAAGGAAGAGUAAAACCCACGAGUGCGUUGCUGAGGCAGACAAAGCAGGGCACUGCAGCCCCAGCAGCAGGGCAUGUGAGGAGGGGUUUUCUGGAAAGGGUAAGGGCAGACUUGUCAACAGCAUCAGCUUUUCAGGGAUGUCCAGCUCCAGCAGUAAGAAGGAGUGUGUGGUCAGCCCCAGCCAGUCUGCCUGCAGCAGUCAGAUGAUUGAUUACAGGAACUUUGUGCCGCAGAUGCCUUUUGUACCAGCUGUCGCAAAAACCAUUCCUAGGAAAAGGAUUUCCCUCAAGAGAUCUAAGAAAGGGCUCAGAGAUAUAUUUCAUAUAAGAAAAAAUAAGUCAGACAGCCUCACAUUUCUGGUUGAGAAGGACAAGAACCUGUCCUCUCCAGGUUGCAAGAGUGAGUUGCCUGGGCGUCUUGCGAAGUAUCUCUUCAAAACUGGAGAAACAUUUGCAGCUGAUUGUUUGUCACAGGACUGCUCAGACAGUGAACUGCAGUCUGACUCCUCCUAUGACUGCUGCAAUGCCCUGUGUGAAGAUGUUGCCUCCCUGAAGAGCUUUGACUCCCUCACCGGCUGUGGGGAAAUCUUUGCUGAUGAGAGCUCUGCUCACCUGGAGCUGGAGAACAGCAAAGACCUUCUGCUGAGGCGAAGCAAGCACAAAGACAGCCCCGUCAUGGGCUCUUUCCAAGGGGGGGUGGAGCAGCUGGCCUCUCCUGGCCAGAAUGAAACUGUGGAAUUUGCAAAGUUUUGGGACAACAUCAACAAAUCAGUACGGCUACAUCAGAGUGCUCUGUUUGAAAAGAAGCUGCUGAAGAUACCUGGGUCUGACACAGAAAAGAUUAAAAGUCAGGCUGCCAUAUCGGUGACAAGCCCCCACGUGUCACCUGAUAAAGAAGGAGACAAUUCCAAAGACAGCUCCACAGAAACAGAAACACCAAAAAGUGAAAACCAGGAAUCCACAUCCACAAGUGAUGAAGGCUACUAUGACUCAUUCUCUCCUGGACAAGAUGAUGAACGGAAGGAAGCUCAGACCCCUGGUGUCCCAGGUAGAUUUCCAAGAGACAGCUACAGUGGAGAUGCCCUUUAUGAGCUCUUCUAUGACCCAAAUGAAGCCAAAAUAAACCCAGUCCUUGAUGAUGACUUGUGUGCAUCAGAAACCAUUUCAGAGCAAGCCAUCGAGAUCCCUCUGUCCAUUUACAGCUUUCACGUUGGAGCUGAGGAGAACAUGGCUUCCCAACCAACUCUAGACAUUAUCAGCCAGGGGUUUUUCCACAGCUCAUGGAAAGGCAAAGAAUGCUUGCUAAAACUCUGUGAUACUGAGCUCUCACUGACUAUGGGGAUAAUAAACUGGCUGCGAAAACACUCAGGACUCAUUUCCUCCCCUGACUCUCUUCAGAGUCCUCAGUCACAGCCAGAAAAGUCCAAUGAUUCAUCAGUCCUGCCCAGUCCCAGUCCAGAGCAGGAACUGAGCACAGAAGCUCAGCAGGAGAAACCAAGCAAGGAAGAUUCUAAUGCAUUUAAUGUAUGUGUGUCUUUGGAUGAAAGCAAAUACACAGCCCAGGCCUCUUCAGUAAACAUUGCUGAAAGAGAUCACAGCCUGGACUCCUGCCCAAACACAUCUAAUAUGGAUUUCCAAGGAAGAGAAGGGAGGCCCCACAAGGAUUUUUCUACAGUGCCUGGGAUUGUGGAAACCACCAGAUCAUCAAGUUAUGCACCACAAUCACAGGCUAACAGAGGCAACCUGCAGACAUCUUCAACUGACAAUGAGAAGGUGGCAAUUUCAUUGGGAUGUGAGACAUCUGGAGCUAAAAACCCGCUGCCAGAAAAGUUGAACAGAGAGAAUGGCUCCCAGAGCUCUGAAAAUCCUUCAUUAGAUGAUAAUCACGAAGUAGAAUCAUGUUACUCCUACAAGACUGCUGCGACCUCACUCCUAGAUCCCCUUGAGAGGGAGGACAGAAACAAGCCAGUGUAUCACUCUCUCUCUAUUUCCUGUGACAAACCACCGCAGCCUCUCACCCUCAGACAUUUCCAGAGCUACAUUAGCCCCACAUCAACAGAGAGCAGCACUAACAUAGUGCAGCUCUUAGAGCACUGUGUAACACAGGUGGCAUCAUUAAAAAUCAGCUAUGAAAACAAGCACCUGGAGGACAAAUACAUCGGGAAUGAAAUGAACAGUAUCAUUCAUAAGAUGUCUCGGUACAAAAACAAGUUAUUGUUGCAAAAUGAAUGCAGCUGCAGUGCUCAAAAUCCAGAAUACACCAGUAUUCCUAGCACAAACCAAUAUAAUUAUGAGACAGGUUUACAAUCCAGCAGUCUGUAUUUGAAGCAAAAUGGGGAGCAAAUUUGCUCUGAAGAUCAGAAAAGUAAAGCAAAAAUCCUCAAUGAGGUCACUGGAAGCAAGAUAAAUUUUGAAUAUGCCCAGCUAGAUAAUCAAGCACUCUCCUAUUUAAAGGACUUCGGUCUCAGCCCAAGUGACUCUGCCCCUGCAACAUCUCUUAGCAGACCAACGUUUUUACCUCUCUUUAGCUCUGUCUGCUCAGACAUACCUGCCACAUUCUCAGGCAGCACUGCUGUCUCUGUGGCUGACUCGCUGCAGCCCCAGGAGGUCAAGCAGUGCAGCCCAGGGCCCUGGGCUUACACAGAGACCCCCUGCCAGGGCCUGGUUGGAGGGAGCAUUCUGUCCCCUCUCCUAGAGGCAGCAGCCCCGGAUGCAGCAGUGACAGCGAGGAGCCACCAGUAACACACCUGCAUGGAGAAGGUGCAACACUGAAGAAUCCAUUUGUAGAUAUGGAUGUCUCCCCAAUACAGCAUGACACAGUUCCAGGAUGCUCUACCAAGAUCAGAAUCAACAAGGAUUUCUCUCUAGAGAUCUCACCAGAGGUGUUGCAGCAGAAAAUCAUGCUAGUCUGUCUAACUGACUAAUAGUUAGGAGUUCCUGACAACCAUGCACACCUCUGAAGCCAUGCUUGCAGAUGGCUGGUAACUAAUACUCUUUUUUAAAAACACAACCAACUUCAGUAGGAUUUUAUAAAAAGCCAUGGCAUGACAAGGUUUAAGAGCAAAAGACAGCAUAUUUCUGUCACAUUGUGCCACACAACAACUGAAAAUACCACUGUAUUUUUAAAACAGGUAUGUGCAGAACGAGCUUUCACUUGGGAAGCUGUUAUGAAGAGGUAAAAUUGUUUUUCAUUGUACUAAUUUUUCUUUAAUUGUAGAGAAAAUCUCUAUAUAUUUUAUGACAACUGUUUAACCAUCUUAAAGCAACAAGGUUCUAGACUGCAGAUUAUAUUGGUAUGGCAAGAUUUACUGCCUGGGAAAAGGCAUUUUUUAAACAAACAAGAAUAUCAGGAAGCAGAAUACAGUAUGCCCUGUAUUGUCCAAAGACAUGUAUUUAUCAUAGCAGAAACUGUGAAUAGAAUAAUGAGUUAUACUUGCAAAUCACCUUCAAAAAGAUAACUUCUUUGAUUCUGUUUGAAAUGAGAGAAAGCAUGUUGUUUAUAUCCACGAUAACUCAAUCUUAUGCAGUCUUCUUCUUCUAUUUAAAAACCAGUCUCAAAGGACUAGACGAGACACAUUGUUAACUCAGUUUUCAGUUUUUUGUGGCAUCCUUGCAGUCAGUUUAACAGAACAGUCGUUGUUUUCAUACCCCAGUUCGAAUCUGGUCUUGGCUGUCUCUUAUUCUGAGAAUAAGCUGAAAAAAACAACAACUGUGCUUUGUAAACGGAACCCGAUGAUCCAAUGGUCCCAUGUGGCCAUGGUGUGUUUGAAGAGAUCUUAAUAACCUCCUCUUCCAGUAUCCUGCCUCAGACAGGAUUUAAAAGCAAUAUCUUUGCCCUGAGGUUUGCUGCCAUGGGGAAAAGUGGAAGAAGAACCUAUGAGGCUGGGACUGCAGCAAGGGAAAAACAGAUUAGAUUAGAUGCCUGAAUUUUGAUGUCUAAAGUUAAGAUCAUUUCUGCCUUCAAUCAUUUAUAAUGUAAAGAAUAUAUAACCACAGUAUUUAAGAGAUGCCUGCAUUUGGAAGAAUUUUGAUUUAAAAAUGCAUGAUGCUCCAAGACUGGUGUUUUUAAAUGAAAUUACAUCCCCUGGAUAGGGAACUUUCUCAGUAUUACUCUACACUUAAAAAGAGCAGACCUUGUCUCUCCAGCACUCCAAGACUGCCAAUACAAAUCAACUUUCAGAAUGCAGUCAAUUUACCACAAGUAUCUCCUGAAAAUAUAGAUGAUAGGUAUUUAAGACUGUCUUCCAUGGCACAAAACUACAUCUCUGAAGACUGCUCCGAAUUUGACAUUUAACCUUUAAAAGCCUGCAAUGCCAAGCAGUUCUUCAUGUAGUCAUUCUUUCCAGAAACACUAAAUGACGUAUUAGAUUUGGGCUAAUAAAAUGAUAAUAAACAUUGGGCUUAAAAUUCCAGCCCAGAGCCUUGAGGGAGCAGAGGCAGAAUUUCCCAUCCUUGUAGCAUCCCGCACAUCUCUUCCUUGGAUUUCAAGUUGAGUAAACAACAUCACAGAGGAAAAGAAAGGCAAGAGAAAGAGAAAAGUGACUUUGCUGCCACAUGGCAAAGGAGACAGUAUUUCAAAGGAGUCUAUUAUUUCUCCUGCCUUACAGGCACAGAGCAACAAAUGAUUUGUCCAACAUUAUUUAUCUCCCAAACUAGUGUCUUCUUUCUCCUGCUGCUGCUCUUCUCCCUGUAAGUCCUGCUCAUCUGUUAGAGCUACCCAGUCCCUGCUGCUGCCUGCACUAAAAGUGUUCAGAACUCCUCUCUUGUGGUCUCUGCCCUUCACACUGGGAGGAGCCAACAGCUUCCCACUGCAGGACUUCUGCUGCUCUCCUCACUGCCUCUAAAGCUGGGCUCUCUGGAUGUACAGAUAUGAUACAAUCCAGAGGGAAUGAGCACAGACACGGGAGACGGGCUUUUAUUCCUCUUGUGCAGGCCCAGCAUUCCCACAGAGCCUGUCAGGUCCCUCUGGAUGGCAUCCCUUCCCUCGAGCAUGGGAACCACACCACGCAGCUCGGUGCCCUCAACCCCGCUGUCCAUGGCACUGACAGAGCUGGUAAACAGCACCAGUCCCAAAUCCAACUCCUGAGGAACAUCAUUUGUCAAAAAAUAUUUUUUUCCUCAUCUCAUGGUUCAUUAAAAUGAACAAAAAUGUUCUGGAAAAAUUAUUUUUAAAAAACUAUAUUCUCCUGAAGACAUCCAUUCUUGAUAUUCCUUCUUUUAAUGCAGAGUUCACUGGAGUUUCAGAGGUAUUUUUGGAACUCCCAGCACAAAGACCAGGUACCUGAGUACCCUUAACAAACUCCCAUUUACUGCUAUGAACAGAGAGAGCAUUCAUCACUUUAUAAAAAUUGAAUGCAAAUAAUCUCAUACUAGUAAAAAUGUCUGAAAAAAGUAUAUAGAGAAAUAUCAGAUCCA